GUAGUACGAAAUUAGGAAUCAAUUGCAUCAGCCACAAUCUGACGGUGACACACACGUCAACCCCGGUCCCCCACUCUCUAACUCUCGCUCUCUUGUUCUUCCCUGGUACUCAGAAAAAACUGGUUACUUUCUCUCUUGGCGCCUAUAUAAACCCUCAUUUUGGCCAUAGCGAUGCUAUCGCAAACCUCAGCAUUCGUCUCAUAUUCUUCUCAGUUUCGAAGUGUUCGAUUCUCUGCCAAUCUCUCGACCUCUGCCCUUGGCCGAACCUCACUCAGUCUUCCAAUGGCUUCUAAUUCGAAGCUCUCAAAUCAAAUCCAGAACAUCGGCUUAGGGCUCAAUGACUCUGAACUCGACAGGUUCGCCGAUGUCGGCAACAAAGUUGCUGAUGCCGCCGGAGAAGUGAUUCGCGGGUAUUUUCGCAAAAAGUUUGACAUUCUCCAGAAGGAGGAUUUAAGUCCUGUAACAAUUGCAGAUCAAGCAGCAGAGGAAUCUAUGGUUUCAAUCUUAUUAGAGAGUUUUCCUUCUCAUGCAAUUUAUGGAGAGGAGAAUGGGUGGAGAUGUAAAGAGAAGUUUGCAGACUAUGUUUGGGUUUUAGAUCCAAUAGAUGGGACAAAGAGUUUCAUAACUGGCAAACCAUUGUUUGGCACUCUAAUUGCUCUUCUGCACAAGGGUAGACCGAUUCUUGGCAUAAUUGAUCAGCCUGUUUUACGUGAAAGAUGGAUUGGGAUGAGUGGAAGAAAAACGACAUUGAAUGGACAAGAAGUAGCCACACGGGAUUGUGCAAAACUAGCACAAGCGUAUUUGUACACCACAAGUCCUCACCUGUUCAGUGGAGAUGCUGAAGAUGCAUUUGCCCGUGUUAGAAAUAAGGUGAAAGUGCCAUUAUAUGGCUGUGACUGUUAUGCUUAUGCCCUUUUGGCAUCUGGAUAUGUGGAUCUUGUGAUUGAGUCUGGUCUCAAGCCAUAUGAUUUCCUUUCGCUGGUACCUGUGAUAGAAGGUGCUGGGGGAGUCAUAACUGACUGGAAAGGGCAACAGCUUUAUUGGGAGGCUUCCUCAGAUUCACAUGCCCCAAGUUUUAACGUAGUGGCCGCAGGAGAUGAAGAGCUUCACCAGCAAGCUCUAGAUUCAUUGCAAUGGCAGUAAGAUUCACAUUCAUGGGAAACAAGCAUGGUUCAUGGGUGUACCCUAUUGAAGAUGGACCCAUAGAAGGAGGGAAGCAGCAGACAUGUAGCAAAGCAAUGUUUAUUUAUCGAGUGUAGAACUUUAUUCACAAGCAUAUGAUUCCCCCACCUUCAAUUAUUUCUGUUGGUGUAUCUUUAGCUCUCAAUCCACCUAUUUAAGUUUCUUCGAUUUCAAGUUGGCUUUUGGUGGAUUCGGUUUCAUAUAUGGCCUAAUCUUCAAUGUUAGCUCAUGUUGGGGA